AGCGCGCGGCGGUGGCGGCGGCCGGCGGGCUCAGUCGACUGCCGGCGGCGGCACGAGGAGGACGGGUCCGUGCUGCACCCGGGACGCUGCACAGCAUUUGCUCGGCUGCAACGGAAGAGUAUUGGAGGAGCGGUGGAGUGGUUUGAGUAAAUUAAUAGCGUCACGGCGGUGAUCGCUCUCAAGAGACGAAGGAUUUCGACCCAACCAGUGGAAAAUACCAACGUGUGCUCGUGUGUCACAGUGUGUGUGCAGCUGUCAGCAGGCAGCGAGUGGCUCUCCAGCCACCAGUCCCUGCUGUGAGUGCCAGUGAUACGGGCGGUGCACCAGUCGAGCCCGUGGUGGUGACACAACGUGUCAAGCCGUGUCGUUGUGUUAGUGACACGGUGUCAGAGUGUCUGCUGGUGCCCCGUGAGUGCCCGGUGUGAGUGCACGCAGCCGGAGGAGCGUCUCCCGUCUCUGUACCGUCUCCGUACCGUCUCUCCGACCGGGCGUCUCUCUCGACACGUGGACGACACCAGGGAGCCACUUCCGUCGGCCGGCUCGGUCUCUCAGCCGACAGCGGUCCUGCCGACCGGUCAUCGAUUCCAGCCGCCCCCAGACGGAGCCGGACGGAAUGGCGUCAUCAGCUCUCGGGUCAUCGGAGGGUCAGGGCGGCCGACCCCGUCUGGGUGACCUGAGGUCACACAUCACCUGUGUCCUCUGUGCUGGGUACUUCAUCGAUGCCACCACCAUCGUCGAAUGUCUGCACACAUUUUGCCGGUCGUGUAUAUUACGUCAUCUGGAGGCAAGCAGCUAUUGUCCCAUCUGUGACGUCAUGAUCCACAGAACCAAGGGGUCGUCUAGUCUCAGGGCCGAUCGCAUUCUUCAAACAAUGGUUUACAAGCUGGUGCCAGGCCUUUUCAGUCAUGAAAUGAAGAUGAGAAGAGACUUCUACGACAUGAAACCCUAUGCAGACCCGGAGCUGCCGAGCUGGGCCAAGGGAGACGUUUCCUCGUACGUGCCGCACGUCUUCACCCCCGACGAGCCCCUCCAGCUGCGACUGGCCAUGUUCGACGCUGAGAGCAGGGACGACGAAGAGGCCAAGCAGCAGCGAAGUACCUCCGGAGUACCUCCGGUCCGGUACCUGCGCUGCCAGGCCGGUACACCCCUCACCGUGCUGCAGAAGCUCAUCCGCAACAAGUUUCAAUUACCACCUAACGUUCAGGUGCAGCUCAUUCACGGCCGUCACGUCCUGCCCGACGACAUCAGCCUGAUGGACGUCGGCUACCUGCACCGGCCGCCGCAGGACGCGCCGGUCCGCCUGGAGUACCGCCUCGUGAGAAAACGACCGGCGCCUUCGGUCACGCACGCCGAGACAGCGGCAGUGUCGCAGGAUAGUGAAACGAAGUCAGAGUCAAAAGCGGUGGCAUCGCCUGCGUCGACGUCAGCGUCAACAGAAGCUGUUUCUGGGCCGGAUGUGUCAACGCCAGCAGCGAUCUCGUCUGAGGCAUCUGUCCCGGAGACUUCUGCGAAAGAGUCAGCUCCUGAAUCGCCCCCGGCUACUUCCGAGCCACCGGCCAAGCGGCGCCGGACCGACGAACAUCGGCCGCGACAGCCGGUCGUGGUCCUCGAACGGCUGUUCGACGCUGACGACGACGAGCCGACGUCGCCGAAAGAGGUGGAAGACAUCAUCGCUAGUCUCGAUGCUGAAGAAGAGGCUCUUCACGGCGUGUCCGCGUCUUCACCCGCAGGAUCUGGUGUUGCUGGAGACGAAAGCGUCGCCCAGAAUCCGUCUCCUCAGCCAGGUCCUUCCGCCGAGGCUUGUGAAAGUCCCGCGGCCGAACAGCGUUCCAGCGAGCCCGAUCGCGAUGACGGCUGUCCGUCUGGAAGUGACAUGGCCUGCGAGCCGAGCGUGUCGAAAGACGAGCCUGGGUCGGGUGGUGACGAGUGCACAGCAGGUGGUGAGGGCUGUGUUGGUCAUGCUGGUGCUAGUGAGGUUGUGGGCACUGGAAGUGUCGACGGAUGCAAUGAUGAACUGUGCAAUGAUGCGCCUGCAAUACUUGGUGGGAAUGGAGGGGAUAACAUUGAUGCCUCUGCAACGGCAGUGUCUUGUGCAGAUAGUGCGGCAGUUGGGAGCACAUCCUCCGAGUUAACAGUCGGUGCUGAAAUCAGCACCACUACCGAGCCUGAUACUGGAGAUGUGUGCGGGGGAGAGCCAAAGAGCAGUGAUCCAGACGACGACUCGAACUGCGACGAGGACGCAGCGUCGGAGUGUUGCCUUGUUGUAGACGAGGAGGCUUUGUCAGUGUCAAUGGAUACAGCGGAGGCAGAGGAACGUUCAUCCGUGGAUGACACCCCACUUCCUUCCACUGAUGCCUGCAUGAGUAGCAGGGAUGGGUCCCCACAGUCCGCUGAAGGAGCCACAAGUAUGGACACAUGUCCAAGCACGUCUAAUCUCCCUGAGGCUGCACCCACUGCUGAACCAAAGGAUAGCAUGGAAGGACAGUCUGCAACUCCAGAUCCUGAGCCCAGCUGCACCUCUGACACCCAGACUAUGUUCUGCGGACCAGCCAAGCGUCCUGAGCCUCACGUUCCUUUUGAGUCCGAGACAUCUCCGUCUCCAGAUGCCCGCAAGGCUGACGUCGACAGUUUUGCAUCGCCCAAUAAGCCCGGUGGCAGCUGCACUGUACGAACCACAUCGUCCGUAUCAUGUGGAACACAGGACAUCGAUAAAGUUAGUGGCGGCGCUCCAAAACCAUCUCCCACCAAAGUCGAUUGUUCUGUCCAAACAAUGACACCUGAAGUUGACAAAUAUUCUGACUCAAGAGUAAACAAUGCCGUGCAGCCUCAGAAAGACACUGACUGUCGAAAGCAGACAACCACUCAACCUUCUCAAACAUCCCGAAUAGGUGCUGGGACGUCACAACAAGAGCGAGGCAUAAGGGAUGAGGUGAAAGGAACGACUACAAAGUCAGCCAAAACACUUCAGAACAACAUUUCUACAGCUUCUCACCCUGAGCUUGCCAGCAGGCUCACGCAGGCAGCAGGGGUUGAUGCCGGACAGGGAACAUUUUAUGACAAAACAAAAGCGCAUGCAGUGAAUAUCCUGAGAAUACCCAAUGCUCCAGCUCAGGGAGAAAAAUUGCAAAAGAGUACCGAAACGGUUGCAAAAGUUGCCACACCCAACAAAGCCGCAGGACACAGUCCAGACAGUUCAUCCAUGCGUUGCGGUUCAACCAAGCAUGCCAAAGCAUCUGCCGAUAUCAAACAUUUCUUCAAGGAAGUUCCCAGAAGCUCAAGUGGAGUUGCCAAAUACCUGGAGAAGAACCACAAGCGGGUCCUGACCGGUUCGCCGCUGGACCUAUCUGCGCGCGCCAGCAAAACUGCCGCUGAUUCGACAUCAAUGGUCCCAAAACGUUCCGCCUCAAAAUCACAGGCCCGCAAGCACAAGCCAGCAAAGGCUCAGGGAACCCAAACAAUUCACUCCAUCGUGAGAAACUUGUCACGUUCCGAGCAUAUCUCCCUCACGCCCAUUCCUUCCGGUGCAGCCAAGCCCGCCAAGACUAUCCCGCCACCGAAGCAAAAGCAGCAGCCCACAUUCCAUGAGCCUAACCCAGCAUCCUUCCACUUCCCUGCCGGCAUGGUUCCCCACGACUUUUACUCAUCUCCUCUUCACGUCAACACGAGCAUGGCCAGCCGCCUGAGCUACGACAUGGCGAUUCGGAACCUCCUGACGCUUUCCCACAUGGCCAUGGCCCAGGGUGGCAUGGUCAGACCGCCGUCUCACAUGUUCCCCACACAUCCAAUGUUCCCUCCGCUGCCCAAGGGUCACGAGUUCCAUCCAAUGUCGGACCCUUCCCUGCUUCGGCGUCAGUCCGAGGCUAGGAUGGGGGCCUCCGCCAAGAAGGCGUCUCCGACAGCGGGCACCACGGCACCUCCGUUGCGAACUCCGACGGCACUGACGUCGGCAUCAAUCCAGCACAUGGAAAACCUCACUAGGACCGUGGGCAAGAGUGACCCUGAAAGACACUCAGUCACUCUCACUCCUAUCCCACCAAAGUAGUCAGGAAGUCUUAGAUAUGAUGUUCUUCGACUGCUUGCCAUUCAUGUAAUGCACUUGUGGAAGUGAUGUUGUUCGUGGUUGCAAAUGCUGUCGCAUGCAGCUUGCCGGUAUCGUAAGCAAGGUGAUGCAUUGCUGAUUAUCGACUUAAUCAGAGAGCUGCUCCGUGACGUUACUUUAGGAGCUGAUGUCAUUGUUCACCGUCAGAUCUCAGUCCUUUCUGUUUCUGCGACCGCAACAGCCACUAAGAACCGCUACCGAUAGGCGUCAGCUUAGGCGGUUGUGUCAAAGUUCAACAUUCAAAAGUUCAAAUGUCUCACAAAUGUGGCAUGGAUGUUUGUUUUUCGUGCAUUGAUGUCUUCCCAAAGAAUGGUCAAAGGGUGUCAUCGCAAAUGUUGUGUCUGUGUUGUAUGUACAUAACUGCAUUACAUUUGACUAGUCGCAGUCGAGUUACACAAGUGUUUGUUCAGUGCGGUGCAUAACUGUACGAUGCGUGUUUAUGAACAGAAUAAACAUUAAACAGUCAUGCCCUUUAA